CUUUGGCGCCCGUUUCCGGAAGUGUUGCUGCCUGUCGCGGGCGUUAUGGCUUCAAGGUUACUUCGCGGAGCUGGAGCGCUGGCGGCUCAGGCCCUGAGGGCCCGCCGUCCCAAUGGGGUCGCCGCCGUGCGCUCUAUGGCGUCUGGAGGUGGUGUACCAACUGACGACGAGCAGGCGACGGGGCUGGAGAGGGAGGUGCUGUUGGCUGCACGGAAAGGACUGGAUCCAUACAAUAUCCUGCCUCCAAAGGCAGCUGCAGGCACCAAGGAAGACCCUAACUUAGUUCCCUCCAUCACCGACAAGCGAAUAGUGGGCUGCAUCUGUGAAGAAGACAACAGUGCCGUCAUCUGGUUCUGGCUGCACAAAGGCGAGGCCCAGCGAUGCCCAAGUUGUGGAACCCAUUACAAGCUGGUGCCCCACCAGUUAGCCCAUUGAGCCCCUGCACCCGCUCACGCUGAAUGUGCUGUAAAGUUUUCUUCUUUCCAAUAAAAACCAGCCGCUGUGUUGGCUCCUUCUCCCGAUUGACUGGUCUUAUUUCUUUCCUGUAUUUUUGAGGAGACGUAGAUGAUUCUUACAUCGUGAAUAGCUGUGUAUCCUAGCUUCCUGCACCCUUAAAAUACCCAACCAGUAC